AUGGCAUUUCAAAUUCCGCCAACCAUGUUUAGCACAAAUACAAAAUCAAGUAAAAAAGAAGGGGUAAGUCGCUAAAAGACACGUCAAUAUAGAAAGGAGAAAAAAGAGAAAAGCGUCAAGGCAGUCGAAACAUGACACAAAUAUUGGCCAGCCUAGUCAUUCGCUUCUUCUUUUUUCUCUCCCCUUUUCUUUCCCUUUCCUUUCCCAUAGGAAAAUAAACAAAUAGACUGUUUUAGCCAAAAAUGAUGUCGUAUGAUGAGAUUUUGGAGAAAAUCACCGCUCCGACGUUGACCACCGAAAAUUGGGAUGGAAUUUUGACAUUUUGCGAUAAGGUGAGUGUUUUUCUCUGGUUAUGGUGAUGAAAUAGUGGUUUUUGAUUCGCUGAUCAUCAUCCCGUUGUGAAAACUUUUUUUACAGCUCUGAAUAUGAGUUAUUUAAUUAAUCAUUCGUAGAAUAUUAAGGAAUGGAACCCUAGUUGGUUGUUCCAACCAGAUCUAUAACCUUCUUGGUUCUUCGGACAUAAUUCCCCGACCAAUAUCAAUCUUUCCGGCGGCUUUUAUAGUUUAGUUAGAUCGGAAAAGGUGCCUCUCGAUAUUAAAUCGAGGCCACAUUAUUUUAUAUUGAAAAGUUCAACAUAGAAAAGAAACAAUUUUGUUUGUUACACCCAUAACAAAAUCUCAAUAUUUUUCAGAUAAAUGGAGAUUUGGAGGGAGCUAAAACGGGCCUGAAAUCGCUCAAAAAACGGCUGAAUAAUCGCGAUCCUCAUGUUGUUUUGAUGGCGAUUUCUGUGUUGGAUUCAUGUUGGUCGAAUUGUGGUGAUCGAUUUAGGAAGGAGGUCUCUUCUUCGCAGUUUAUUAAUGAGUUGAAGGCUUUGGCAACUAAUGUGGGUUUUUAUUGAUUGAUUUUUGGGGUUUGGGGAGUGGUAGUGGGAAAUUCAAAAACCUUAAAAAUCUGAUUUUUUUACAAAAAAAAAAUGAAAAUCCAAUAAAAUUCUCUGAAAGUAGAACGUUUUGAUCAACUUUUCACUGAAAAACAUGAAACAUAUUUUUUGUUGCGAAAGUGGAAAUCAUACGUUUCACACAUUUCAUAUUAUAUCUAAAACGUUUCAAGAAUUUUCAUAUAGCUUGGGAAUAGAGUUGUAAAAUAUUUUGAAAUUUGAGACAUACAUCAGUAUCCCCGGAUUUUCGUCCGAAGGGGGUCUGGCUAACUUUGGAAAAAAGGGGUGGGGACCGGCUAACUUUUUGAAAAAAUAACAAUAUACCCCCCAAAAACCAAGUUUUUUCUCUUUUUUUUUGAGGGGGUCUGGCUAAUUUUUGUAUUUUCACAUUCGGGGGGUGGCUAAUUUUGAGACCCUGACCGGGAGAAACCGAUGUAUGAUUUGAGAAUCUGGAAUCUUUUGAAAAGCAGUAAUUGUAGGUUAAUUUUCAUGAUUUCUAUAACAAAAACAUCUAAAACUGACAGUUUCGAGUUGAAAAUAAUGUAAAAAGCAAUUUAGGUUAUUUUCAGGUCAAAACUUAUGCAUCUAUUCAUUUGCGAAAAAAACCGAAAAAAAAUGUAUUUUUUUACAAUAUUUUUCUAUUCACCAAAAUGCACGAAAUAAAUGUCAAUCGUGACGAGACCCACACACAUUUCAAAGAGAAAAACAUGCGAGAAAAAAAACAAGAAAUGAAAUUUUCGAAAGCAUGCAUUUUUCACACUCGUUGCCUUGAAAUGAGUGUGGGUCUCGUCACGAUUGCAUGUAUUUCGCGACAAUUUGUGAUUUUGGUGAAUAGAAAAAUGUUGUACAAAAAUACAUUUUUUUCGUGUUUUUUUGCAAAUGAAUAGAUGCAUUACUUUUAAAAAUCCGAUUUCGACUCUAAAACUCCCCGAAAUUUUUAAUUUUUUAGAGCCAACGUCUAGUCGCCGAAAAAACACGUGUCUCAAUUCAAAAAUGGGUCGAUAAUGAAUGCAAAAAUGAGCCAAGUCUUUCACUAAUCAUUUCACUUUAUCGAAAUCUCAAAGAAGACGGUUAUUCUUUCGAAAUCAAUGAACCUGGCAAGAAAAAACCGAUCGAUUCAAAAUACGCCAAUGAUCCAAAUUAUGUUGCGACGGCACAAGAAGAAGACGAAAUAGCAAAAGCAAUUGCCGCAAGUUUGGCAGAUGCGGAAAAACAGGAAAAAUUGAAGAAAAAUACGCAGAGUUUGUAUCCAAGCGCUGGUGGACCAUCGAAUUCGAACUCGGCAACAAAUUUGGGACCGACUCAAAAUGCUCAAAAUUCUUCUGUGGAGAGAAAAGUUCGAGCUUUGUAUGAUUUUGAGGCGGCGGAGAGCAAUGAGCUUUCAUUUGUGGCCGGAGAUUUGAUUGUGAUUACUGAUGAGAGGUGAGGAUUUUUUGGGGAGGGGGAUAUCUCGAAAAAAUUCACUGUUUCAAAAUAUUUUCAAUAAAAAAUCGAGAAAUUUUAAAAUAAUACCAGAGCAUCCAUCUGAUUAAAAUUCAGUUUUCAAAAAAAUUGAUUUUUGUUUUAAAAGCUUCAAAAUUGCUUCAAAAAUUCACUGUUUCGAAAUUUUUGAAAUAAAAAAAUUUUCAUGGCGAGAUUUUUUAGUGGGAAAAACCCAAAAAUCUAGUGUUUCGAAAAAUUUUUAAUGGAAAAGCUGAGCCGUUAUGCCAUGUUUUUCUUAUAAAUAUAAAUGAAUACAUCCCUACUAAUUUUCCCAUGAAUAUUUCGGAUAAAACUUGCCACGUGGCAAAAUCAUUUGCUAAAUUUUUGUUGGUUUUGUAAGUCAGUGGGAUGGUAUCAAUAGAAAAUGAAAACUUCAAAUAUUCACAAUUUCUUGAAACAGUAAAAUUUUGAUCGGGAAAAUAUUUCGAUUCGUAAAUGGAUCCCAAAAUAACAAACAAAUUUAAAAUUUUAUUCAAAAAUCCACUGUUUCAAAAAUUCAUUAUGAUUUUUUUGGUUAAAAAAGUGUUCUGUAGAGUUUCUGGUAUCAUAUAAAUUUUCAUUUGAACAUUUUUUGAAACAGUAAAAUUUUUAUUCAAAACAAUUAUGUUUUCAGUAAAUGUGCCACGUUCUAAAAAUUUUCUGAAAAUUCUGGAAGCAAAAAAAAUUGACACAAAAAUCCAUAUUUUCUGUUGAAAAAUUCACUGUUUCAAAAAUAAUGCAAAAGAAUUUAAUUUUUAAAAAAAAUUAUGAUUGUUGUUGUUAUUUUCAAAAAAUACACAGUGUUUUGCUUCAUGAAAAUACUUUAAUUAUGUUCCCAAAUUACAUCUUCCCACCCUCAAAUUUUGUUUCCAGCAAUCCCCAUUGGUGGACUGGUCGAAUUGGUACCCAACAAGGCCUUUUCCCCUCAAGUUUCGUCACCGCCGAUCUCGAUGAAAAUAAGAUUGCCAACAAAACAUCGGGAGAUGCAUCAUCGAAAAAUGCCGGCGAAAUUGACGCUCAAAUAAAUGAGGCGAUUCUCGUAAAAUGUUUGAAUGUUUUGCAUGAAUGUGAUCCGACUGGAGAAAGAGCAGAUCCAGUGGAAUUGGCACAAUUGGAAGCGGCUUCGUAUGCGCAAGGACCAUUGAUUGACGCACAAUUGGCUAGUAUUGAUCGACAGACUAAUUCGUUGGCGCAGGUUAGCGAGUUUUGGGAGGAGGAAUUUUUCUUCAAAUUUUGAAACAGUGAAAUUUAAUAUGAAAUAAUAUCGACUUGAAUCUCUCAUUCUUUUCAGGUUGAUAUUGCAAUUCGUGACGUCUUGGCUCUCUACGAUGAUGCAAUUCAAAAAGGUGGCGGAUAUUAUCCACCACCACAACAAGUUCCCCAAUAUCCACCAAAUUAUCCACCACAGCAACAUUAUGCUGCUCCAGGAGCUCAAAAUUAUGCGGCAGCUCCUCAAAAUUAUCCAGCAGCCCCAGGUGCUCAGAAUUUGGCUUAUGCAGCUUCUCCUCAAGUUCAAAAUUCUAAUCCACAACAACAAUAUUAUCAACAACAACAACAACAAAAUUGGCAACCACAACAAUUCUGA